AGGCUAAGAAACAGCAGGUCCAGCAUUAUGCAAAUGACUCUGCGGGUUAGUGCGGCCAGAUUAGGACUGUGCUCAGGAUCAGUGGCCACUGCCGCGAGCCGCUCUGGCACGAGCAACUAGUGCCUCUGUUUUUCUCACUGAAACGCACGCGACAUACACGCGCUUUUCCAGUGAGUCGGCACGGGAUUUUGCACGCGCUCCAAACACAUGCGUUUGAUUGACGAAGAUGAGUCUGUGAUGCUUGGAAUUUAGUUUGGAUAUGUGCAUUUUUCAUGCACAAAAAACGGAAAGAGGCGCCGUUUUACGGGCAUGCGCAGUGCGCAGCACGGCGCCUCAGCUCAUUUAGUUAAACCAGCGCUAUUUCAAAGAGUCUCUCCCUGUAGGAAAGCAGACCCCUGACCCCCAGUAACCUUUUAUAUGGCGUUUUAAAGCGAUUUUCCAUCUUUCUGGAAAGCACAGCCCUCAGCUGCUGUUAAAUUAUUUGAGAUAGCAGACACUGGGUGCUGCUGCGCUUGGUUUGGGGUUUAGAGAGACCGAGCUGUAAGUAGGUCGGGCUGGGUUUAAGCGGCUUAGCUACGUCAGCCUAAGCUGAGAGGAAUUCAUCCAAAGCCCUCCGCGGUAGGCGGGGGCCUAAACGAGGCUGGCCUAGUUAAGCCUGAUUCUUAUUGUGUGCAGCACAGCCUGUUUUUGUUUUGCAACGUAGCUGUGAGAGAACCAAGGAACAGGGUUUGAUUUCAUGCACUUGUUAGUCAAUGCUAAUGAUUGAUUAGUGAGUAAGGGAAGGCAUAUGAGGCAUGCAAGGGAGUUAGACCAGCACCGAGGACCAAGUGAAGAGAGCAGCAGAUACAAAAGACGACUGGGAAAAGAGAGGAGGCAUAGCUCUGAGUCUGGUUUCAGAGGGCUGACAGCCAUAAGCCUGACUUGGUCUGUGUGAGACCGCUAUGCUACAGGAUGGCGUCCAGCUCUGUGUUUCUGCCCUGCGUGGUGGGCAAACCUCGCUCCUCCAACUUCACGCUCUCCGAGAAGCUGGACCUGUUGAAGCUGGUUCGUCCUCACAUCCGCAUCCUGGAAGAGCACACCAACAAGCAUGCUGUCAUUGUGGACAAGAACAAGUGCUGGGACAAUGUGGCGGAGCAAUACAAUGCCCUGGGAGGGGACAGACCCCACCGCACUGCUCAGGGCCUCAGAACCCUCUACAAGAGACUGAAGGAGUCAGCGAAACAGGAAGUGAUGCAGCGAAGACACGCCCAGCCAGAGUACAGAGCCAGCAUAUCUGAGCCAACCAGGAAGAUUAUGGAGAUGAUCCCUCACCUGUUUCACCAUGUGCCCAUCCAUGAAAAGGACCAAGCACUGGGCAGAAUAAUAUUCAGCAAGCAAAGCUCCCCCAUCGAACAUCCUGGAAGCAGCUCCUCGCUGACAGGACUCCAGGAUUACUUAGCAAAUGUCCCAAGUAUUCCUCAUGAGGUAGUCCAGCUGGAUCCUGAAGAGGAUGUAAAACCGCCUCCAGACCUCCCCAUCCUCUCUACACAUGCAAGGCAAGGGCUUGAUGGGGGGCAGGAGCGAGAGGAGGAGCAGGACUUGGGCAGCAUUCAUGAUUAUGAGGCUUCCCUAUCUCCUGCACCUUCCUCUGUAAACAUCCCUCUCUCUGCUUCACCACUGCCCUUGCGCCAGGACUUGUACCCAAACGACAUCUACCCUCACCACGAGUCGGACAGAUUUCGCCCCCUGCAGUUCGUCAAAGAAGAGCACGAGCUGGCGUUGGCCAAUCACAGGAAGGUCGCACUUUACCUGGAGGAAAAGAGAGAAGGGCUUAAGAGGAAGCAGGAACUAGAAGAAGAACUUCUGAGAGCAAAGAUCAAAGUGGAGAAACUAAAAGCUGCCCGACUGAGACAUGGGCUGCCGAUUCCCCUGUAAAAAGAAAAAACAAAACAUGCACAUCUGUGGCUGUCGUUGGAAAGAGGGGGACUGAGGAGUUAAAAGUGUUUGUGAUGAGCAGUCACACUCGCCAAUGUCAUGCUGGGAGGAGCGUAAUGACUUGAAUUUAUUUUGGAAGCUUAGUGCCUCUUACAGACCCGGAUAUCCAGUGUGAUUAUUACACGAUGAUGCUGACCUUUGCUGCGACUAGCUUCUGUCUAUCGUCCUCGUGUUAAAAGUGAUCAUUUCAACACUUAGAAAUAGAAGUGGCAGCUAAACUGCCACCCACACUGCUAAAAGAUUGAUUUGAGGAAAAAAAUGAAAUUGGAGGGGGGGGUGUAUGGUUGUGUCACACAUCUGCCAAAAUGUAGCUAUGGGAACGUUCAGGUAGUUAAUUAUGUUCACUUUCUAAGAUUAUCAAAAUCACCGUGGCAGUGUGUGCUGAUGUAGUGGGAGAGUUUGUCUGCAUCAUAUCAUGGAAAAAAAUACUGGGCAUCUGAGGUAUUAAGUAUGCUAGUUACUAUCUUAGCUUAGACAAUGUAAAUGUAGUGUCUGAAAGAUAGAGAAGCAUUCCAGUUCAUUAAAGAGGGGGGUGACAGUUAAAUGUUUUUUUUUUAUAAACAAGGAUUGUUGCACAAGUUAAAUUUGAAAUAGCCUUAACAUAUUUUGCUUAUGUUAGCAGCUUUUGUGAAUUUAAGGUAAGGAUGAGCCAAAAAUGGUCAGUUUUCUCUCAGGUGGCUAUGUUGGUGCCCAACUAAGUGGGGAAAAAAGAAGGGAGAGAUGGAGUUGAUUUUAAAAACUUUUUUUAAAGUAGCUAUUUAAUAGGACUGCUGUUUAUCACAUUGUGUUGUUGAAACAGUGAUUGUCAGUUAAUUUUGCCGGUUGUCUUCAUGUUCAGUUAUUUCUAUUAAAAUAAGAGAUUUUUUCAAAUCUUUAUGAGUUGUUUCUUAAUCCAUAUUUUGUUUGUAGCUUUUUUUUCUUUUGUCAAAAUCAGAAAUGUUUGUUCUUCCCU